GCCCUCACUUGGUUUUUAAGCGGACUCAAUGAUACAAAUACUCGUCCGCUGUCAGACGAAGUAGCGCCACUACAAUAGAUUUAGAUUUAAUUUCUUCUAGAUGAGUCGAUCCGGAUACAUCUGUAUUUGUAUCAGAGUUAAUUGUUUGGCUGCUCAUUAAAUUCUGGUUUUGUUGUUGUGUGGAUACCUACUUACAACACAUUGGUGACUGCUCCAUAUUGUGUUCUUGAUAAGAGCACACCUUGACAAACAGGUCACACAGUAGCCUAGUGGUUUGUCCCCUGGUCGUCUUCUUCAACACAGGUAAAAGUAGUCACACGUCAACCAACCGUAGGAGCCCACGCGGUGACGUCACUGUCGUUUGGGGGUCUUACAGUGGGGACGCCGGUCGUUAUCAGCGAAUUCGAAUAAACUGUCACCAAAGCCGGGAAGUGCAAGAACAAGAAAACAAAAAUGGUUGUGAAUAACUUCUACAUUGGUGCUGGAGUUUUUCUUUCAUUAGUGUCUCUGUCCUUAAGUCAAACACCAAUUGAAAUUAAAGGGAAGUUUACUACUUUGUCGCCUAGUAACCACAUAAAGCUUGGUGAAACAUUGAAAUUCAGCUGCCUUAUAACAACAGAUAUUAAUUCAAUGUUUUCGAAUACCUUUGUUAUUUAUCGCAAAGAUGGAGAAAAGAGAAUAACUUUAGCUGAGAAAGGAAUAUUACUAGAAGAAGCAGAUCCAAAUUAUUAUGAUGUCAAACAUACAUAUGAAGUUGCUAGCAAUACACUUGAUAUCCAGUUUACUAUUUUGAAAGUCACAGAUGAAGAUGAUGGAAAGCUCUACUGUGGAGCUUUCAAUAGUAAACAAACACCAUUAAUGGGAGAACAGAGCCUUGAUAUUGUAGUUCUUAGACCUUUAACUAACUUGAAGUUAAUCAUCGAUGGACUUGACCCUAUCACCAGCAAUCAGGAUUCUCAAAUCGAAGUUAAGUCUGGCUCUCACAAAGUUCAGUGUAUUGCAGAAGGAAGUAAUCCAGCUGCCAAAGCUGAAGUGUAUUUACAUGGUGAACAAGAUUUCAAUGGUACUGUUACAUCUGUUAUUUUGACUGAAAAACCAAAGACGUUAAGAACAAACUACACAACAUAUCUCUACAUUGCAUCAGCUAACACUGGCCAUGACCUUGAGUGUAAAGCAUCAAGUGAAUAUGGAGAUACAAAAUCUAUAAGAGUGCCGUUAAAAGUAACAGUAGAGGAGCCUAACCUUAAUUGCACUGAUACAGAAGCCUAUGAAGGACAAAAAGAUACCCAGAUAAUUUGUACUGUUGAUCAUCACAAUAGCAAGUUAAUAGGCUAUAAAUAUCAGAUUGGCCCAAAUGUCUAUUACCCUGGAGGUGACCGUGAUGAGAUUCAUUUUGUUCAAACAGAGGAUUGGCUUGAUGACGAUGGCAGCAAGUGGACUAAAGUCAUAUUGACCUUACAAAAAGCAGAAAAUGAACAUUUCUCAUCAGAUAUUUAUCUAGUAGCUGAGCAUGAAGAUGGCCAUAUGUCACGCAUGCCAGUUAAGCUACAAAGAGUGGAAGGUCCAUAUUUAAAUGAUGAAGAUAAAGAGGGACGAUCAAGAGGUAAUGAUGAUAACAGCUCUAAUAUGUUGACAUUGUCUGUCAUCACUUUUUGGCUUUCUUUGCUUUGGAGUUUAGGAAGAAGGUUCUUUUAAUCAUUUGUGUGAAUAUAGACUGCAAUUUGUAUGUUAAUCAGAUCUUUAUGGAUGGAUGAAAAAGGAAACCCCAAUUUUCAAAUGUAGAAAUGUUUCUUAUUCAUUUUGGCAAUAAAAACAUAAUAUUUUAAUUAGUGAUAGCUAUUUUAACAUUUUCUAAGGAUCUACUUUUGGUGGUGGUUUCAAUCAAACUAUAAUUGUUUUAAAAUAUUUAAGAAAAAUGAAAUAACAAGUUUUAAACAAGUACAAAAUCAACAAAAAAAAUCAGCAAUUGGACAUUUUAACAGGCUGACACUUGUAUCUAUAAUCUGUGUUACUAAAUACUCAAUUCUUCAUCUAGAAUAUUCAAUUACGUAAAAACAAACUGUAUAAAUAAAUGUAUAUAUAGAACUGUUAAAAAAUGUAUUUUUUUCUUCUAAUUUUCAGUUAUAAAAUUUUGUUUGUUGCAUGUUCAGGUGUUUUGAAUGCAGAUAUUGAACAAAUGAAAGUUACUUAAUGUGUGUGUGUGUAUUUUGCUGAUCAAUCAAUUUAUGUAUUCCUCUGUGGUUGUUUUUUUAUUUUAGUUUGAAUAAAUAUUUCCCUGACAAUGUACUUUUAGCCUUUAAAUAUAUACUUUUAAUACUGGUUAUUUUAUCUUGCCACCUUCUUUUAAAGAUCCCCCUUAGGCAUCGUAGGUGGAAGACAUUCAGCUUUUUUCCAGCCAUGAGUAGGUUGACCAUGUUUUACUUCUGUAUAGCAAAGUGCUCAACACACUGGUCCGAUAGACUAAGGCUUUAGUAUUGUUAGUCAGCAAUAUGUUGUCCCACACUGUUUUCUGCAACCGUGACAUGGUGCCCAUUGCUUUGGCUAUCCUGUUGUUAAUGUCUUUAUCCAGUAGAGCAUUGUUGGAUAAAAUAAAGCCGAGUGAUCAACAAUUUCUAGUGGUUGGCCAUUAAUGUUUACUUGAGGUGCAGUAUUUGUGUUCUAGACUAGUAUCUUAGUCUUGCUUUGACUAAUAUUUAAGCCGAACCAAUGAAGUGCUAUGAAGAGCAGGUUGCCAGGACAUCCACUCUGUUAUCAGCAGCAGACACUUUGGCUGGCUUGGCCACGUUCAUAGAAUGCCAGUAGGUCGACUUCCACAAGACAUUCUGUAUGGCAAUCUAUUGGAGGCAGGAGAGCCGCUGGUUGCUCACUUUUAUGGUAUACGGAUGUAUGCAAACACGAUAUGAAGCUCUUCAAAAUCGACACUAGCAGCUGGGAAAAAGUAGCACUGGAUAGAUCCACAUGGAGAGAGAGCAUAAAGGGUCUCGGAUUGCAGAUGCGGAUUGGCCUCUUUAGUCACACAAGAAGUUGCAAAGGGAAACAGAUCAUCUCCUGAGACGUAAAAUGCCACAGAACUUUUAAUAUGUAUUGUAGACAAUUUUUUUGGCUUAUAAAAAUUAGACAUGUAGAUUAUUGUAUUGGCAAAAUUUAGUGUUUAUGUUGACAUAUUUUAAAAGGGAUCUCUAUGCAAAAGGGGAAAUGGCCUUUGAUACUGGUUUUAUCUGUUAUUUUAUUUGUUCUUUGCAUGCUUAAAGUAAGCCAUAUAUUAAGCUUUAAAUAAUGAGUGUACUGUUUUAAUAUUUUUUUCUCUUACAGCUUAUUAGUGCCUUGAAGAAGUCUUUGUUUCCUACUUAAGUCCAGCUCAUAGUUUCAGUAACUUGCAUUUUUCAUUUUAAACUUUGUAGACAUAUUUGAAUGCUUGGAUUGUAUUCUUUAUACUUAUUGCUAUAUGAAUUGUUUUUUCAUUUUUAUUGUCAAUCAAAAUCCACUUCCAUAUCAGUUUGUGUAUGAAAUGUUCACCUUUUUUUUAUCACAGACUUCCUACUGCUUCAGUUUCAACACAACUCUGGCAUUGUGUAAUCAAUGUGCAUUCUCUCUAGACACACUUCAGUUGUAUGAAGUUGUUCAUCAUUUUAUUUUUUGAUCCUAGGAGAAGCACACUACUAUCUAUUGUUAGUUACAUUAUAUCAUCCCAACCAUUUUUUUUAGAUCAGGCACUGUGUUUCAGUUCAUGACAAUUGAAUUAUUUGGGGUUGGUUUUGGCAAGUUUAUUUUUUACUCAAUUGGUAUUCAUGAAAAAUCUUAUACUCAUUUAACCUUAGAACAUACUUAAAUCAUACUUUUGUCAAUUUAUCAUGGUACUUUAAGAAUUAGCAUAACUUUUUUGUAACAUUUUCAGAACCAGAUGAUAACCAGCUAUGUUCAUUCUAGAUUCAAAUAUUAGCUAAUCUUUGUUAUAGGAACAUGUGUACAUAAGGAUUCAACUCACAUGUUAUAUCAACCUAUUUCCUGAAGAAAUACACUUGAAGAAUAAUGAGCAUCUUGAAAACACUUCGCAGCACAAUUAUAAUAGCAAAGUUAUGAAGUUUAAUUAUACAUUUUAAAGAAAUACUGGUUUAUCAUUUAUUUCAAUAGUGUGUUGGUAAUGUUCCUGGUCAUUUUCACAUAUUAAAGCCUUUUUAAAUGAUAGCCUAUAGCAUUUUUUUUUUAAUUUAAAGAACGUAAAAAUGUAAAUCAGUGUCUGUAACCAUUUUGAAGACCCAUGAUGGGAAACAGUUUUAUGAUCUGAUGGAAUUAAAGAAUUUAAGAAAUAAUUUUUAAAAAUUUCUUAGUCAUUAAACAUUCCAUUUUUAUGUUCACGUUGAUAUAUAUUUGAAAGAAAUGUCCAUUUUAAAAUUACUUUUUUUUUAAAUUAGUUUGAAAUGAGCCAAGUGAGCAAAGUUGAGUGCUAUGCUACUUUUGUUGCUAGCUAAUUAUGUCUUUUUUUAAAUUUUGUUUAGUUGCAUUGUUAAAUUGUGUUCAGACAAUAAAAACAUGACAAAUUUUAAA